AAAAGCUUCAGACGGUCGCGAAAAUUUUUCAUUCCUGGCAGUUUCAUUUGAGAGGGCGUGAAUGAAACACGUGUGAAUAUUCAAUUAGAUUUUUUUUCGCCACUUCUUGUAUUGUUCCAUUUGAUUUUCCUGAGUUGUUGCCCACCAAAUCAACAUAUCAACCAAUUAAUAAAUAUUGAAUUGUGCAUUGGUCGUGUGAAUGACCCUGAUUUCAGGUGAUUUAUUGCUGUGAAUCUAGGAUAAACGAGUUCAACAGGAAAUGACAUUGAGUGGAAAUUGUGCAGAAUUCCAGCUUUUCCCGAAGGAGCUUUUAACACAAAAUACCGAAUUUUUCUGGGUAAUCUGAACCCGAAGUGACAUAGUUCUCAGUAGACAUCUCAUCGAGAAUUCAGGAUGGAUGUUCUUCAAGCUAUUGUCACGAGUUUGGCCGUUAUGGUCAUUGUCCUGUUAAUGGCGCUAUUCGUUUGCCACUAUUUUGGCCCACGAGCUACUGCUUGGAUACGUUCCAAUCGGGAAGAGAAAAUUGGUCUGUCCAAAAAUCGACUCUACAACGCCAACGGAUAUUUGAUACAAUCCAGCACGGAAUUUCUCGUUGGAUCAAGUGGAAGCUUUAAGCGAUUCGAUUCAGUGGAUCGAGAAUGCAAGGAAAUACAGGGUCAACAAACUGUGCCACUGUGGAAUAUUCCCAUUAAUGAUAUUCCACCUCAGCCUCUACGGCCAGCACCAACAUCACCAUCAGCUAUCACUUCACCCAAAAUUCAAACAUCCCAUCAGCAACGACCCCCUAAAAAUGAGACACGUCCUGUGAAGCAGCAAAGUUUAGAACCAAAGACGACGGUAUCACCUUCCAUGGCAAUUCCUAGGCCAGUGACUCGACGUCAACUCUCAACUCCUGUGUCUGGCUCUUCAUUUUCACCUGUUCUCAAUGUACCUGGUAAUAUGCACAAAACAAAUUGUGCCAAGAGAUCUAUGAGUACCAAUCCAUUUUUGAACGGUACUCUGGAUGACACAGCAGACAAUCAGACGGUGAAGGAGGAGUCCGAAUUAAUCAAUCCGUUUGAGGAGAGGAAAAUCAGUGAAGGAGGAAAUAAAUCUGAUAAGGAGUCAUAUAUGUCCGAAAUCUUUACAUUUGACACCACAAAAAUCAAUGAGUUACUUCUGAUGGAGGAAGAGAAUACGACAGUGAAGAAUGCCCUAUUGGAGGCUGAGGGAAGCAUUAAGAAAUUGGAAUCUGUCACGCUGGAUGAUAGAAAACAUCGUCUGGAUUAUGAGGAAUUUCUUCGGCGUCAAAAUGAAUUGAAUUGGAAUAAAGUGCGGGAAUCGUCCAAGAAGAAAAAUCCACCCAUAAGAAAUCGAUCUCUGUCCGAGACUGAAGCUUCGGGAAAGAAACACACUCCAUCUGAUACGGACUGUAUGGUCCAAUCGACAAAUCCUUUUAUGACUGAUACUUCAACAGUUUUGCACAAGACUGCUUCGGAGAAUUAUCUACAGCAGUAUUCGGGCCAGGUAAUUGGGAUGCGAUCAACAAGGGCCAUGCAGAAUGCUUGGGGUCUCACUAAAAUGGAUAAGACCAAGAGAAGUCUUUCGGGCUCACAAAGUUCCCUGGCUGAAAGUGAAGUCAGCACAAUGCUAUCAAAUGAGACUCUGUAUCGUGCUGUAUCCUGUGAAUCUGUGUCUUCAGAAUCAUCUGUGGUACUUGCGGAUCUCGAGGAACCCUCUGCACCUCCCGCUACUGGUUAUCUCUGCAUAGGACUUCACUACGACAAAAAUACUGUCUCGGAUGAGGGGGUUGAACUGAUUGUUACGGUUCUGGAAGCCAAAGAAUUGGUGGGUCCACCGGAUGCCAAAUAUAUGGACACCUUCGUUCGAAUUUAUCUUGUACCUGAUGAAACUGGAGCUUCUCAAACAAAGCUCUUCAAGGAUUCUGCCUGUCCAAGCUACAAUGAAACUUUCAGCUUUUUCAUGAGUAAGAAACGCAACCGUCGCUCCCUCUGGUUCCAUCUAUAUCAUAGUGGAUUGGCACAUACGUUGAUUGGGGAGGCCGAGAUGCAGCUAUCAGACCUCAGUGCCAGACCCAUCACUACCUGGCUAGCCCUCUCAGACUCAAGACACAACAAGAGUUUCAAUUGGGGUGAACUCAUGAUUUGUUUGAGUUAUCUACCAACUGCUGAACGUCUUACUGUGGUGGUGGUGAAGGCCCGCAACCUCCGGAUAGAUCAGAAGAUGCAAGAGUUGGAGAAUGUGUUCGUUAAGGUGUACUUGUUGAAGGAUGACAAGAAAGUGUCGAAAAAGAAAACGACGACAAAGCGGAAGGAAAAGAGUCCUAUCUACAAUGAGUCCAUGAUCUUUAGUGUGCCUCCCUAUAUGUUAUCAUCAAUUCAGGUUCGUCUUACAGUAGCUCAUCAACUGGAGAAUGAUACGAGUUGUGUGGUAUCCUUGGGUCAUGUUAUUUUGGGCAGUGCAGCCUCGGGUAAGGGCUUGAGGCAUUGGAACCAAAUGAUUUCUUCUGUGCGGAAACCUGUAGCUAUGUGGCACCCACUGAGACGACCAGCACUUCCGCGACAGCAACACCAACCCACAAAAUCCCAUACCUAAAGCUCUUGCACAUUACUCAUUAAUCACUCAUUCGCCUCUUACAUGAAUUCUCAUCAUCAAUAAUAUGUUACACAAGAGACUUUAACAUUGGUAUGUAUAUAUGAUACAUAUACCCAAAUAUCGAUUUUACAGAUGAGUUCUUAUAUCAACACAAUCAUCGUAAUAAGUUUGGAUUAUAUUUAUGGUUUCUAUGGACCAAAGCCAAUCUUCUAUCUAGAAACUUUGAAACUAAAAAGAGAAAAAAUCUCAAAAUUUUAUAAUAUUUAUUUAUUUCAAUACUUUAAUACUGAAAAACUAAUAUUAAUAUAUAAAAAAAAGAAUGAAUAAUAUUUAGUAAAAGAAAAUUGCUUCCAAGUGAGCGAGACAAAAAAUGGAAAAGAUCAAGACUUUGUGAUAAACGCUUCCGGUAUAAAUUUUUAUGAGUAUAUCAUCAAAAGAAUAUUCUUAACCAAAACACCACAUAUUGACAAUAAUCCAUAUUGAUAAUAUAUCAAUCCAGUAUAUUUUAAUGACAAAAUGUAACUCAUACUCCUUCAAAUCUGAUAUCUCAAGAGGCGCACUAAAGUGUGUUCCUUUAACCAUUGUAUGAAGUAUUAUCUAAAAUUAAUGUAACUGUUGAGAAAACUUUACUGCAUAAAUUAAGUAUAUUACAUAUAGCCAUUUCAUGUAAUCCUUCUUAUCAAUGAAGGGAAUUUGUUGAAGAAUAUAUUAAAUGUUCAGAAA